AUGUCUCACGAGGAGGAUCUCAUCGACUACUCUGAUGAGGAAAUUGGCGCCAACGAGACCGCCGCCGCCGGCUCCAACGGCAAGAAAGGCGAACUCGCUGCCUCUACCGAUGUCGACAAGAAGGGCAGUUAUGUUGGUAUUCACUCGACCGGCUUCCGCGACUUCUUGCUGAAGCCUGAGCUCCUCCGUGCUAUCGGCGACUGUGGUUUCGAGCAUCCAUCGGAGGUCCAACAAACCUGUAUCCCUCAGGCGCUCCUCGGUGGUGAUAUUAUUUGCCAGGCCAAGUCCGGUCUGGGCAAGACGGCUGUCUUCGUCCUUGCUACUUUGCAGCAGGUCGAGCCCGUCAACGGAGAGGUUUCAGUUGUGGUCAUGUGCCACACCCGUGAACUUGCCUACCAGAUUCGCGAUGAGUACAACCGAUUCAGCAAGUACAUGCCCGACAUCAAGACUGGCGUGUUCUUUGGUGGCACUCCCAUCAAGACCGACAUGGAGACCUUGAAGAACAAGGACACCUGCCCCCACAUUAUCGUUGGUACUCCAGGUCGUCUCAAGGCUCUUGUCCGCGACAAGGCUCUACGCCUCGGCAGUGUUCGCAUCUUUGUUCUUGAUGAAUGCGACAAGAUGCUUGAUCAGCCUGACAUGCGUACUGAUGUCCAGGAUGUCUUCCGCGCCACCCCUACCCAGAAGCAGGUCAUGAUGUUCUCUGCUACUUUGGCUAAUGAGAUCAAGCCCAUCUGCAGGAAGUUCAUGCAGAACCCCACCGAGCACUAUGUCGAUGAGGACACCAAGCUCACUCUGCAUGGUCUUCAGCAGUACUACAUCAAGCUCGAAGAGAAGGAAAAGAACAGAAAGCUGAAUGAGCUUCUCGACGAACUCCAAUUCAACCAGGUCAUCAUCUUUGUCAAGAGCACCAUUCGUGCCACCGAGCUUGACAAGUUGCUGCGCGAAUGCAACUUCCCUUCGAUUGCGGUGCACUCUGGUGUGAGCCAGGAGGAGCGUAUCAAACGUUACAAGGAGUUUAAGGAGUUCAAGAAGAGAAUUUGCGUUGCGACGGACGUUUUUGGUCGUGGUAUUGAUAUUGAACGUAUCAACUUGGCGAUCAACUACGAUCUCCCUGCCGAUGCUAGUUCGUACCUCCACCGUGUCGGUCGUGCCGGCCGUUUCGGUACCAAGGGUCUUGCCAUCUCGUUUGUCAGUUCAGACCAGGACCAAGACGUGCUUAAAGAGAUUGAGAAGCGGUUCGAAGUUGCCCUACCUGAAUUUCCCAAGGAGGGUGUCGAUGCCAGCACAUAUAUGGCUUCGUAA